CCUGGUCAUCUUUUGUUUAGCCGAAUGUCCAGUUGCCUAAUAGGUGAACGAACACUGCCGCUUCACAGCCAUAAGCAUAUAAAGGUUUCCAUAGGUGGCUCCUUCUCGUCUGACAUCAUUAUCCUCCUGGACUGCAAUCACUCUAUAAUCCUACACCAUGAGGACACUGCUUCUUCUGGCCUACAUUGUGGUGGCUGUUUACUCUGCCAGCCUGCACACCAGAGACCCCUCGUUGGACAGCGCCUGGGAAGAAUGGAAGAUCACAUUUGAGAAGCAAUACACAACACAGGAAGAGGAGAGCUCCAGACGGCUGGUGUGGGAGGAUACGCUACGUUGGACUGAGAAGCAUAACAAAGAGUACAAGGAGGGGAAGCACAGCUUCACUGUGGGCCUGAACGAGUUUGCUGAUAUGAAAAUGGAGGAGUUCCAGCCCUGUUCUUUUGACGAGUGAAUACAGCAAAGAAAAGGAGAUACCAUUGAAUACCAGCUUGACUUAAUAAUAUCUCUUAGAUCCUGUUACAUUUAUAAUUAGAUUUUAAAGAGAAGUUCUUCAAAACUAAAUUAAAAAUAUCAAUACAUAUA